AUUCGGACAAGACGGGAAUCGUGCAGGAAAGGAAAAGUGACGCCGGACCCCAAACACGCCCACCUCCUUCUCUCGGCCGCACACGACCUCGCCAAUGACGGCAGUUGCGCCCCCCGUCAACUAUCAGAACAUCAAUCGGCAGGCAUGGAGCGCUGAGGGCGUGUCCAACGGUGGUGGCAUGUUCAUGCCUCGGAAGAGCGCCCAACGGUCCAACUCGUCGUCGAGCCUCUCUUCACAGGCGUCGGGCACCUCGACCCUCUCCGCCUCGUCCUCUGCAUCCCAGCCAAACGGCACCCCCCAACAGCCCAACGGCACCGACUGGGCUGCCACCCGCAAAGCGAAAGCCCCCAAGGGACUAUGGCCCGCGACCAAGACUGAGCCCAUCGCCGGAAUCACUGCGGCACGCCCCCAGCCCAUCGCCUCUGCGGGCCCCGCGUCAUCAGCCGCCUCGGCCAUGAGUGCCCUACAAGCACCUUCCGCCAUGGUUCCCUCGCAGCACAAUGGCCAGGUCCCGACCCAGCAACAGCCCAACGGCGCACAACGCGCAUCGGCCCAGGAGAGCACCGCUGUACUGCACCUGGUCCCCAUGAACGGCACCUUUGAGCGCAAGACCAUCACCGUCCCCUUCUUCCCCGACGUCCUCCGCAUCGGCCGGCAAACGAAUAACAAGACAAUUCCCACGCCACUCAAUGGGUACUUCGACUCCAAGGUUCUCUCGAGACAACACGCCGAGGUAUGGGCCGACCGCCAGGGCAAGAUCUGGAUCCGAGACGUCAAGUCGUCGAAUGGCACCUUCGUCAACGGCUCCCGCCUGUCGCAAGAGAACAGAGACUCUGACCCCCACGAGCUACGCGAGCAGGACAUGCUGGAACUUGGUAUCGACAUUGUCAGCGAAGACCAGAAGACGAUCGUUCACCACAAAGUCGCCGCGCGCGUUGAACAUGCGGGCAUUUAUGCACGAUCCAGUAGCGAGAUGAUCGACCUCAACUUUGGCGAACUCGAAGGACCCCAGCUCUCUAAUAUGAUGAGCCCCAACGGCCAACAGCAAAUGGCGAAUAUGCGUGGUCGCACGCCCAGCCAAGGCUCUAUCAAUGGUCAGCGACUCCAGGGCCCGGGCGCCAUGGCCAACUACCCAAACGGCAUGCAGCAACCCCGACACCCCAACUUCUGGCUACAACCCAUCACAAUGGAGCAAGUUGUCAAGAAGCUCAAUACCGAGAUCAAGGCAGCAAAGCAGCAGUCGCAGGACCUCCAGCAGACUCACCACUACAUCAACGCUAUCCUCUCCGCAGACACUAAGAAGGAACCCGCAAAGGCCUCGCCAAUCAACCAGGCCAGAAUAUCGCCAAUCAAAGACGGCAGCAUUAAGGCGAGAUUUUCAGAUCCACCUGCGCCCCCACCACAACAGCCUUUACCCGAGAAGCCCGACGUCGCAUCGUCCCUUAGGAGGUCUGACACCGAACGUCCAAAGACAGCGUCACCGGUGCGCUCUGACGCGCAGCUGUCUUCACUCACAGAGGCCUUGACUAGUGCGAAGAAAGAGAUCGAAACGCAGGGCAUGCGGCUGCGUGACUUGGAGACCUUGUUAAACGAAGAGCGUCGCGCAAGGGAAGACGCAGAAGAGCGAGCAGCCCGACUCGAGCGUGAGACAACCAAGGAUCAAGCAGACACAGAGACUAUCCUUGGCGACGAUGAGACGCCCGAAACCGAGGCAGCCGAUACACAGCGCGAAGAGCUCACUGACUCAGAGAACGGGUCCGCAUCUCCUGCCAGCGCCGAGGACGCCACUGCUCGCUUACAGCAACGCCUGGAGGUCAUGAUGUCUGAGAUGAAUGAGAUGAAGCAGCAAAUGGAGCGGUACCGGGAAAGAGCCGAGACAGCAGAGGCCGAUCGCAAGACCUUGGCAGAGAUGAUCGAAAACAUCAGAGAAGACAAUGCAAAGACCGCUAGCAAAGAAGCUCAACGGCGGAGCAGAAGCAACCGUGCAUCCGUAAGAGCGAGCGGUAAGACUGGCGUUGAGGGCUCAGACGGCGAGGCCGAGCAAGGUGAAAUCACCAUCAUCAGAGAGAAGGACCUCGACGAAGACGGCCCAGAAGUAUCACUUCCCAAUACAAGCGAACAAAACGGACAUGCUGUUGAGCUAAACGGUUCAAAGCAGUCGGGGAAGGCGAAUUCCUUGGUUGCCCAUCGGCCUGAUCGAGAUGCCAUGUACUAUGGCGGCCCGGUCGGGGCCAUGGUAACAGUCGUUGCAAUAGGUGUCGCGGUUAUGGCCAUGCUCAACCAGUAUCCCAAGGCCGAACGUUGAAGAGACAAAUGCCAAAGUGUUUUAUCACUAUGCUAGGAAAGACUGGCUUUGUGAAGCGCCACCACAGCGAUCGGGCCCCGGAAGAGCAUAAUGAGCGUCAACACUUGAGAUGUUGCUCACGCGGAAUUCUGGGUCAUACGCCGAUGCUAGACUACCGUCAUUCUCAUCAAGGCCAUUCGCUGCGUUACACUACGAUGCCCACUUAUGGAUGGCUU